CCGAGGGGAAAAGACAGCGGGCCGAGGGCUCGUCUUGCGGGAGCUCCUGCCCCUCCACGGGGCUUUUAAUCAGAGCGAGCCUGUGUCGGUGCCUGUGCGCCGGUGGCAGCAGUGGGUAGGAAGCCCCAGAUUCCGGAGGGGUCCGGUGCCAGCCUCGUCUCGGGUGCUGGAGGAAGCACUGCCUACUUCCGAAUGGAUGCUCCAGCGCUUGUUCCAGCAAUCACCAUUUCAGCCGUGUUCUCCCAGUCCUGGUGCUGUCUUCUGUUGUGCUGCCUUAUCAGGUGAAAAAACUACAUCGGAGUUUUAUCUUAGCGUCACGUCCUUUCGAGAGCACACUAUCCUCAGGACAAGAUACCGACUGUCCCGUUACUCAUUGAGAGUCUAUCCCGCAUUAGCAUGGAGGGAACUAAAAUCUUGUGUACUGGUAAAUGACCUGCAAGGUUAUGUCCUGUAUCAUCCCCAAGAGCAAAGUUCUAAUGGCCCGGUGAAGAAGUCUAUGCGAGAGAAGGCUGUGGAACGCAGGAACAUUAAUAAGGAGCACAACAGUAACUUUAAAGCGGGAUACAUUCCAAUUGAUGAAGACCGGCUCCAUAAGACAGGGUUACGUGGCAGGAAAGGCAACUUGGCCAUUUGUGUGAUUGUUCUUCUUUUUAUUUUGGCUGUCAUCAAUCUGAUUAUUACGCUAGUUAUCUGGGCAGUGAUUCGAAUCGGUCCCAAUGGUUGUGACAGUAUGGAGUUCCAUGAGAGUGGCUUGUUGCGGUUUAAGCAAGUUUCUGACAUGGGAGUUAUACAUCCGUUGUAUAAAAGCACUGUAGGAGGCAGACGUAAUGAAGAUUUGGUGAUCACUGGAAAUAAUCAGCCUAUUGUAUUUCAGCAAGGAACAACCAAGCUUAGUGUGGAAAAAGACAAAACUUCUAUUACCAGUGAUAUUGGCAUGGAGUUUGUUGACCCACGGACACAAAAUACCUUGUUCAGCACAGACUAUGAAACUCAUGAGUUUCAUCUGCCAAAUGGAGUUAAAAUCUUGAAUGUACAAAAGGCCUCUACAGAGAGGAUUACCAGCAAUGCAACCAGUGAUCUAAACAUAAAGGUCGAUGGCCGUGCUAUUGUCCGUGGAAAUGAAGGUGUUUUCAUCACAGGCAAGACCAUUGAGUUUCGAAUGGGGGGUAACAUGGAACUUAAAGCAGAAAACAGCAUCAUUCUGAAUGGAACUGUGAUGGUCAGCCCAUCGCGACUGCCAAGUUCUUCUUACGGGGAACAAUUUAAUAAUGGCAACUGGCUGCGUUUCAAGCUCUGCAUGUGUGCGGAUGGGACUCUGUUCAAGGUUCAGGUGACAGGUUAUAACAUGGGUUGUCAGACUUCUGUCAAUCCGUGCGGAGCCACGCACUAAAACACAAACCACUACCAGCAGAGUUCUCUUUUGUGUUUACAUAUAUUUGUAUGAAGUAAUUGCAUGCCUUCCAGGAUUUUUGUUUUUACAGCAGUUUAUACUAACAUUUAUUACAUAAUAUUUUUAAGGAAAGGGCGUUACAUUCAGCAGUAUUAUGUCAUCAUCCUGUUAGCCGUAAUAGCAGCACUGAUUUAGUCAGCUUUCAGUCUACAUGCAUACUGAAGUACCUUCCUGAAUUGGGAUCAGUAGAAUAUAUUUAAAG